GUGGUUUUUAUUUUCAAAGAAACCGAAACUCCAAGACUGUCACUACACCUGUGAUGGCCAAAGAACUAGUAUGUCAAGUAUGUGGUAGGGGUCUAGUGACAAGCCUGAGUACAAUCCUCAGGACCCACACAAAAAGAACCAACACCCCUCCCCAAGCUGUUGCUCUAACCAUCAGACAGGUGUUCUGGUACACGACCUGUAAGAAAACAAGCACGUGUAUUAAAAAUCUGGUGCAAUACUAGGGCUAUCCAUUGCUUAGGAAUCAAACAAGAAAUAGGAACCACCGGGUGACCCAAGUGACAGGAUGACAAGAGCUGGAAGCCCAACAGGGGAAGUGACACAAACCAAGGACUCACAAAGACACUGGAGCCACAGCUUCACCCACUCCAAAGGAGUUAGAACUAAGGAGGCAGAGGGAAGGGAAAAUAGGCUUUUCUUUUUUCUUGCCUUUCAGGCCUAUCUCCCUGAAGCUUGUUUCCUGUAGCCAGCCCACUGCAAAAACAGAGCAGAGUGCAAAUACCAGAAAACAGCCUUUAAAUAGGAACUAGCCAGGCCUAGGAAAUAGCUUCAUUUGGAAUAUAUUUGAAGUACUGGAUACAUUUCAAAGAACAGAACUUUCCUUAAUUCCUUAUAUUGUAGAAGCUGUACGUGGUGUCAGUUCAGACCUUUAAUCCUUGCACCUGAUUACAGAGGGAGGAGGAAGUGGUUUAGGGCAACCAGUGUUACACAAAUUCCAGGUCAGACUGACAUCAAAGUGAGUCCUUAUCUCAACAAAAUAAAAGCUGAUGAUACAGUGGUUGUAUGUUGGACACGCCCAGGGCCCACAAACAAAAUAUACUGUAAAUAAAUUGUGUGUUUCUCUUCUGUUCUCUAGCCUCCUCCAUUAUCCAGAAUUACUGCUUCUGGGCUGAUAAUUACUGUUGGUGGCACUUAAAAUCAGAAUUUUUAGUUCCAGACAUUUUUGCAGUUUCUCAGCUGAAUAGUGAGUCUGGGGGGUGGGGGACGUUUCUGUAGAAGUGUUAAGUGCCCAUUGUGACAGCCUUCACUCAGGCAUGAAAGCCAGGCAGCAGCAGCGCCAUGGCAACCGGAUCCCGGUCUUGGAGGCUCUCAGGGGAUUUGUUGUGUCCUGGGAAAAGGCCACACACACUCUCUGGACUCACGUUUUUUUAUUUAAUUUUUUGAACGUAAAUUAUAUCCAUCGGGAAGCGGUUUACACACGUCCACACGGCCACUCCAGUCCUCUUCAUCUUCUAGAAUCUUUGUUUGGAGGAUCCAAAGUGAUUUUUUUCCCCGAAAGCGUAUGUGCUAGUAUAAAGGAACGAGGCCCAAAGGAAAUUAGAAUAGAUGCGGUCUCCACACUCCUGAGCCUAUGUAUCCUUCCUAUAUCCCCGCCGGUCUUUUCUCGUCUGCGAUGCCUUCCAGGAGGCUAGUCAAGGAAAAGGCUAGAAGCAAGAUGCGGAGCAGCCCCGCAGCACCUUUCCGCCGGCCACUGGUGGGGCUACCGGCUCUCCAAAGCUGUGGGCGCCGCUCCAAGGGAGACUCUAGGUUUCGUCGCCGAGCAAAGCGGCCGGAGACAACCCGCUGCACAGGGUUCUGGCCCAGACCUGUGGCUGGGGCGGAACUGGGGGCGUGUCCUCACGUGAUUGGCCAGCCUGGUCAGGAGGCGGGAUUGCGGGACGGACGCUGACAAUGAGCCUCCAUAAAAGGGAGCGGCGGGGUUGGGGGCCCCGGAUCGAACCCUCCCCGCCCGGGGUCGUGACGCGUUGAAGCCCGUGGCUGGCGGGGCGGCCGGGAGAGCGGCGGGUGAGUUAGGCGGGCCGCGGGCCCGGCGUGGUCCGGGACAGGAGGCGGCCGCCACAGGCGGCGCGCCGAGGUCUGUGCGCUUGUCCUCGGCUAUCGGGUCGCCCUUCUUCGCCUCGCCAUGGCCCUGAGAGCCGAAGGCGCCGCGGCGCUGGAUUGCUUCGAGGUGACGCUCAAGUGUGAGGAAGGGGACGACGACGACGAGGAGGCCGUGGUGGUGGCCGUGAUCCCGCGGCCGGAGCCGAUGCUCCGAGUAACCCAACAGGAAAAGACGCCACCACCUCGGCCUAACCUGCUGGAAGCAGGUGUCGAAGGCUGUGAGGAGCCCAAGCAGCAAGUGUCAUGGGAGCAGGAGUUCCUGGUGGGGAACAGCCCUGGAGGCAGUGGACGGGCGCUGUGCAUGGUGUGUGGGGCUGAGAUCCGGUCCCCAUCAGCAGACACUGCUCGCACACACAUCCUGGAGCAGCAUCCUCAUACCCUGGACCUCAGCCCCUCUGAGAAGAGCAACAUCUUGGAAGCCUGGAGUGAAGGGGUUGCCCUUCUGCAAGACAUCCAAACUGACCAGCCAUCCCUGCCCAGCCUAGAGUCAGGCCAGGAUGGCCAGCCAGACCCCAUCUCCAACCCGGAUCCUGCCAGGAUGCCAGCAGAGAUCGUGGUCCUCUUGGACUCCGAGGACAACCCAUCUCUCCCUAAGAGGCUCCGGCCCAGAGGACUUCGUCCCCUUGAGCUGCCUGUUGCCCCUGUCAUAGAGCAAGGAAAUAAAAAGCCCCGUGGUCAGAGAUGGAAAGAGUCCCCUGAGGAUGAGCCUGCUAGAAAGAAGAGAAGCAGGCAUGUGACCAAAAUCCUGGACCCUGACCCAGACCCCCCAUCUCCUGAGUCACCCACAGAGACGUUCGCAGCACCAGCUGAAGUCCGACACUUCACUGAUGGCAGCUUCCCUCCUGGUUUCGUCCUCCAGCUCUUCUCCCACACGCAGCUCAGGACCACCGACAGUAAGAACUCUUCAAAAGACAGCAAAGCUGCUGAGGGCCUGCCCCAGCCACAAAGUCCCUCUUCAGGUUAUCCGUGUUCGGAUGGAGGAACCACCAGCCGUCAGCCUCUUACAGGACUGGUCCAAGCACCCCCAGGGCACCAAGGGGUUGGGAACAGGUGACAACCCAGGCUGGCCCACAGUUCUGUCAGAAUCCAGUGCCACUGUUAAGGGACAACCAGAGGCAGGAAGUGGAGUAUAGGUUUUCAGUUUUCUAGAGAGGGAGAGGUGGGAAGAAGGAAAGGUAGGCGGGAGGAGGCAGUCAUCCCCCAUUGGCUUAAAUCUCAGAUCUGCCCAGCUUGGCCACCUGAUGGAGAAUUUAUAAAACCAGGUGCCAGGACAAUGUGGAGGGGGGAGGUGUGACAUUACUGUCACAUUGGGGUACUAGAAAAUGCCUGCCCUUGGCCAAGCCUGAGGUGGGCAGAGGUGGCUUAGGUUGUUGGGUGGUAAGGCAUUGGCCUGUGGAGAACACCUUCCCCAAUCCUUUGCUGACCCCACACCUCCUCCUUCCUCUCAGCUCCCCACCAUUCUCCCCUGGCACAGUGCCUUAUGCAGAGGUGGUCAUGAUGGGGUUUGAACUGAGUCCCACUACCUCGGGGGACACCUUUCCUCCCCCACUUUUGGCUCCUACAGCAGGAGGCCUCCAUUACCUCUUACCUCCUCAUUCCUGCCGAGAGUUCCCUGUACCACCCCUUUACCUGUUGUCCUGUUGCAUCUAUUGUCCUGUUGUAUAUAUUGCCUUUGUUGACAAUAAAUUAUUUUUUUUUUUUAUUAAAA